AUGUCGUCUGCAAAGGAUGGCAGUAGUAACAGCGGGUAUCAGACGUUUGGAUUGAAGAUCGGCUUCCCGCCCGGCUUCCCAAUGCGUUACAAGACAAUCAAGUUGUCCGAUUAUAAUAUAUCGGUGCGUGACACUAUCAACUUUAUCUGCGCCAAGAAUGCAAUCACCAGAGCGGAUCAGUACAUAAUGCAGAUAAUCUAUAUGGGUGGCGAUAGCUUUGCCACAUCAACAUCACAGCCAAACCCAAACGCACCGCCUGUGCCCUCGCGCCAAUCAGUCUUCAUUCCCAAUCCAGCAGCAGCGCGCUCACAACUCGAGAAGCGCACCAGAUGGAUGGAUGACAAUGUCAAGUUGUCCUCAUAUCCACUCAAUGCACCUGAAGUUGUGUUGGAGAUGAGGAAGAAGCAACAGGUUGUCAAGAUUGUGUGUCACUCAGAGUCAAAGGCAUUGGUGUCCGAUGUGACCAAGCCAAUCAGUAACCUGUUGGGCUUUGCCGCAUGUAAAUUCAACCUGGGCGACGAUGCUGACUAUCGCCUGUUCCAUAACAACCAUGAGUUGACCGAUGGCGACAUCAGGUCGUUGAACAUCGACCUAUCCCUCCCAUUCUUCCUCAAGGAUAAGAGUGACAGCAGGUCGUUCGAGACGCCCGACGACCCGUCGCAGUACACCGAGGAGCACGAGAUCAGUGACGACGAGUCCACGUCAAACGUCAGUCUGGACGUGCCGGCCAAGUCGGUCGUGGCUCUCAAGGAAGGCUACUUGAAGAUACAGAACAGAAAAAAGUCGUGGAACAGUCGCUACUUCAUCCUCACCGAUAAGUUCCUCUACUUUUACAAGUCACCUCAUGACAAGCGCGCGUCUGGCGUCAUCAACUUCAAGGACCACGUCAUCCGUGUCAUGGGCUCGCCCCGCGAGGGCAAGCUAGAGCUCAUCCACAAGGAUCCUCAUCACACCGGUCAACACAUCUACCUCAAGUUUGACUCUGAGACCGAGAUGCAGGCUUGGAACAUUGCACCAUUCACCUUCCAAUGUCACGUAGCGCCAUCACCUGCGCCAGUCAAGGGCAAGCCGAUCAAGGGUAUCUUUGGUGUGCCUUUGGAGAGGACCAUCCCACCUGGAGCAGAGGUGCCAAUGAUUGUGACACAAGCCAUUGACUAUAUUGAAAAGAGAGCGAUGGAUGUCGUUGGUAUAUUCAGGCUUUCGGGAAGUGUAAAUACGAUCGAGAACUGGAAGAAGAUGUACGACAAGGGCGACAAGUGUGACUUGAUGCUUGAGAAUGAUCCACAUGCAGUGGCAGGUCUUCUGAAGCUAUAUCUAAGAGAGUUGCCAGAGCCAGUGUUGACAUAUGACAAGUACGAGAAGUUUAUCGCUGCACAAUCAAUGGAUGAUUUGGCAUCGAGGAUCAAGUUGAUCAAACAUUUGGUUAGAUCAUUGCCAGCGGCAAACUUGGCCGUAUUGACAAAGUUGAUCUCAUUCUUGGGUCGUGUGGCACAGCACUCAGCAAACAACAAGAUGCAACUACAUAACUUGUCGACUGUGUUUGGUCCUAAUCUCAUUCGCGAGAAACAAUCCAAGUCCGAGUCAACCAAUGUCCAGAACCUUGUAGAGGAUACGCCAAUCAUCAAUGCGUUGACCCUCUCACUGAUCAGAGACUAUCCAUAUAUCUUUGGUGACAAGGAACUACCAGAACAAAAGAUUAUGGCAAAGACAUUGUACGAAUAUAAUGGAGGUACGGCUGAGGACUUGGACUUCCCUCAGGGCGUCAAGAUCAGAGUGACGUCACAGGCGAGGGAUGGAUGGUGGGCCGGUGAGUAUGAGGGAAAGACUGGCCGCUUCCCAGCGACAUACGUUGAGAUCAUCCCACAGGUUCAGUCGUCGGCGUCGUCUUCGUCGCUGUUGCUGCGCACCAAGUCCAACCCCAACAUCUCCAAGAAGAAGAAGUUCAUGAUCGAGAUGGAGAACUCCAAGACAAAGGUGGCCGACAAUGAGAAGCUGCUCCAACAGCUGCUCGAGCGCAAGGAGAAGCUGCACAACAGCAUCGCCGCACUGAAGCAGGAGCAGCAGCAGCUGGCCAACCACAAGGACACGGUGAAGCUGACGCAGCUGAUCAGCACGCUCAAGCAGAAGCCAGCCAUUGCCAACAUACCAAAGACAAUCGACACGCUACUGAUCAAGUACAACGAGUACAAGAAGAGCCACGACGACUUGGCCACCAUCAACAAGGUUCUGGUCGAGGAGACCGACCUGUUCAACAACAACCCCAAGGUCAAGGCCAAGCUGGAGAGCAAGGAGAAGGAGGCCAUCCAGGCGCGUGUCGACACCAUCGCAUCCAAGCUCGAGGACGCCUCCAAGUCCAGGCAAAAGAGUCUCUCGUCCAAGCGUAUCAUCAACGACGACCUCGAGGAGAUCAAGAUAUCGAUCACCAUCCCAGCGCAGUAA